AUGCUGAAGGAGAAUAAGUUACCUCAUUUAUUGUGGGGAAAAUCUGUUGCUAUUGCAACAUAUGUGCUCAACAGGUGUCCAACUAAGAAGCUGGAGGAAGUUGUUCCUUUUAAGAAGUGGACUGGAGAUAAGAAAAGUUCAGAAACUUGGGAUUGGAACACGUCUAAUCCUGUCUCUGGUGAUGGAGGUGCUUCUGAAGGAAGUUUAGAGGUAGUUUAUGUAGAUGAGUUAGAAUUAGAAGAUGAUUCUGAUUCUGGAGGUGAAUCAAAGUUUGAAGGAGAAUUUGAAGGUGACUCUGACGAGGACUUUGAAAGUGAUCCAGACUUUAAAGAAACUGGUGGUCAAGACUCUGGGAGUCAAACUUCUAGAAGUAAUCAUGCUUCUGGAAGUAGUCAUUCUUCUAAAGGUGGUAAUUAUGAAGGAAGUGUUUCUAUAGAAGAUUCAAAACAGGUUCAUAGACCACAAAUAAUAAGACAAAUACCCAGAAGGUUUGCCGAGUUUGACAUGUUACGUGAUACUGAAAUAGACUCUAAAGGCGAAGUCAUUCAAUGUGCCAUGAUGGUUGACUUUGAAUCUGUCAGUAUCAAUGAGGCUCUUAAGAAGAAAGUGUGGCUGAAGUCCAUGAAAGAAGAGCUUGAGGCAAUAGAAAGAAACAAGACUUGGGAGUUCAAUGAGCUUCCAAAGGAGAAAAAAGCCAUUAGUGUCAUAUGGGUUUUCAAGGUGAAAUUAAAACCAGAUGGAUCAAUUGGGAAACACAAAGCGAGAGGCUAUGGAAAGAAACAAGACUUGGAAGUUGACUGA